AUGCCUUCUCCAUUUCAGGGCCACAUUCAAGCCCGGGAGAACAGCCAAGUGACAUUUCAAGCACAGACUGAGAAAACUAAACAAGACUAUGUGGAAGAACAAAGGGUAAUGCACAAGGGCCACCAUAAGAAACAUGGUUUUUUAUAUUUUUUAGUAUGUUUAACAUCAUCUGGGAAGAAAAAUCAAACUGACAUAAAGCAAGAAGAAAGAAACAAAGACAAUCUUGCUCUUCACCAGUUUGACAAGAGAAGACUUCAAGGACCAACACCUAAAGAAUCCAUUGUUCAGAAAAGAGAGAAAGAUGUGUCCUUAUUUGGAGUUAAUGAAAAUAACCAAAGUAGUAAAUACCCCCAUCUUUUUGAAAACAGACAGACAAUGAAUGAGGGCUACCACAUUAGCAACAAAGAAAAUCCCUAUGAUGACCUAAAUAUGGCCACUCUGCCUGAGUCUACUGAGGAUGCUGGGGUUGAGGAUGGAGACAAUGCUACCAACACACUGCAUGAGCAAGAAGAAUAUGGCACAGCUUUCAUCAGACAUAAUAUUCAACAUAGAAUAGAGCCAGUUACUGUGAUUGAACUUUUGAGGGAAGAAAACAAAGAGAAAAAGUCCAAGAAUGUUCUAAGCAAAAUUCUGGCAGAUGCAAACUAUGCUAAACCCCCCUCAAAAGAUAAGAAGAAUCAUCAAAGAGAUCCCCAAACCCAGAAUAAUCCAGUAAAAAGCAAAAGUACUCAUCAUAUCCAACCCAACGCUGACUAUCUAAAGCAACUCCCAAAGAUCAAAAAGAUCACCAGUGAUUUCGAAGGCAGUAGUUACCCAGAUCUUCACAGCAGAGGAGACAACGAUAUCUCUCCUUUCAGUGGAGAUGGCCAACCUUUUAAAGAUAUUUUUGGUAAAGGAGAAACUCUUCAUCCUGAUCUAGGAGGUACAGAUACUCAAACAGGGUAUUCUGGCCCAAGUGAACCUGAGACUAAUAAUUUGGACAUGAGAGGACUAGGUUAUAAUGAGCUCCCAGAGAAAGAAGAAAAUGGCAGGAAUAGCAUCAGAAUCAAAGAUAAAACAGAGAAAGAAGGAAAUGCUGCUGAAAUAAGCUUGGUGGAAGGCAGAAAUGAUAUCACAGGUAUCACCAAUUUUAAAGAACUCCCUGGAAAAGAAGGGAACAGAGUAGAUGGCAACAGCCAAAAUGCUCACCAGGGGCAAGUAGAGUUUCAUUACCCUCAGGCCCCCUCAAAAGAGAAAAGAAAAGAAGAUGGUGGUGAUGUAAUGAAAAGUACUCAUGAUAAUGAGAUUCAAAAAAAGGGCCAGGAUAGUAGUAGAAAAGGUAUAGAAAAUUCUAGUAGGAAUCAAGAGACCUCAAGUAAAAACCAAAGAUUUCCUAGUAAGGGCAAAAGUCAGGAGCUCAUUUCUUCCCAUGGUCUUGAUAAUGAAAUUAAAAAUGAAAUAAGUUCCCAUAAUGACCCCAAUACAGCACCACACAAGAGACAAGGUCAUUAUGUACCCCACAGACAAAAUACUUCUACAGGGAACACAGGUGUACCACAGAGGAAAGGCUCCUGGGGCCACAGAAAGCCCCACUCCAAUAGGCUCAGCUUCUCUAGAAAGCAGGACAGUAGUGAAUCAUCUGAAAGUGACAGUUCAAGUGAGAGUGAGGGUGACUAGCACACUGGAAACUCCCAGCAAAAUGAAGUUUCGAGUCCUUAAUCAUCUAUGAGUUGUUGGUUGAUAGGAGCCACCUGAUAGCAGAGCAUA